CUCCCAAAGUGUUGGCUUUUAGGCAUGAGCCAUCAUACCCAGCCAUAAAAUUCCUGUCUUUCCACAGUUUGUUUAGGCUGAUUUAGGUAUGGGCUAAGGCAGGUUAGGUUAGUUAGUAAUUUUCCGUCUCUCCCAUCCAUAUCUAGGUUUUGUGAGAGUGGAGCCUGGGUCCCUUUUGUUGUCUGCUGCCCAGAGCUAACCAAGUGCCUUUCCCGUAGGACAGGUUCAAAUACCAUUUGUUGAAUGAAUCAAGUAAAUGGAAGAGUUUCUUUUCCCCAUCCAUGGCAGAAGACUGUUUGAUGUAUUCAUUCAACAAAGUUGAAUGUAUGAAAGUGUGUGAGAAUCAAAAGACAAAUCAGAUAUAGACUCUUUCCUUGAACUUCUUAGUGCCUAGUGGGAAAUUAAAGAUAUGUAUGGAAAUAGCUACUAUAGGAUAGUGUAAGGGAAAUAAUAAACAUAGUUAGAAAGGUCUAAUUUCAGUCCUACAAAGUUACCAAAUAAAGGAGAUUCUCCAUGUGAGAAGAAUGAGGUGGCCUCACUGUCCUAGGCUUGUGUGACACUUUAAGUCAGCUGGAUUUGAAUGCAUAGUGUCACAGCAUGGGUGCUGGGCUUGCAGGCCUUAAACCUGUCUCUGCAGCUGGACCCUCGCCUGUGAAAGGGUGUUGUAGGAGAAGCUGUUUGCCUGAGAUGGAUGCCUGCAAUGAGAAGAUGAUGUCACUGCAGGCCGCCGACCACACGCUGCUCACUGAGGGCCCCGUGAAACUGAAAAGAGGGUGGAGGAUGCACAAGCGCCACCUCUUCUUGUUCACUGAUGUGCUGCUUAUUUCUAACACAAAGUAUAAAAAGACAUUUAAAAUAAAACAUGAGAUACCACUGAGCAGCCUGUGGACAGCCGACUACCUGGACAAAAAAGUGAAAGGCCACACCGGUGCCGGGCAGUCCUUUAUCUUGGGCUGGCCCACGGUCAACUUCGUGGCCACCGUCAGUUCUUCGGAACUAAAGAAGCAAUGGAUCUCUUUACUGCAAAGGUAUUUUGUCAGUAUAUAUAUUUAAAAUCUUUAAUUUGUGACAGAAAAAUGCACAUCUCAGCAAAGCAGUGUCCCCAAACUAUUCCCCUUUUUCUUAAUGGAAAUUGUUAGACUAUCUUCAAAUAACAUCUUGUUUAGAUAUACCCUGUUUGCUUCUGUAAAUAAUGGACUCUCUUUUACAUGCAUGUUUUGUUUACUUUUGAGGGAGUUCUGGAUAUCACUUUCAUCCUUCCCUCCUGUCCAACUUAGGAGUUGGAGCUAAUAUUAUUCCCCAGACAUGUAUUAAAUUUCCAUAAAUGCGAGUUACUCUCCUGAGCAAUUCUCAACGCAACGGCUCCUUUCCAUCCUUGGCCCCGGGAAGGUUCUGGGCCCUCCGGUCCAGGCAGGAGUGCUUGAGAGCUGGAUCUGCUGCCCAAAUCUCACAUCACAGGGCAACCUGCUAUUUUCUGGGCUAUGUCUUAUUUUUCUGAAACAUUUUUCAUGGUUUUUCAACCCAUAAUUUGCCUUGCU